AUAUCAUCCCUAUCAUUCUUGCCCCUCUUUCUGCCUAAAACCCUAGUAGUAGUAAGUAACUACUGACUUCGUCGUCUAGGGUUUCUGCGAACUUGGAAACCUCCAUGGAGGGCGUCGAAAUUGAAGAACCACUCCAAUUCCUCCAUUCCGAUGACUUCUGCGACUCCAUCCUUUCUCGUUUCAGUAACUCCGAUCAGGAGCGCCACCAACACAUCUGCGCCGUUUUCGGCGCAAUGUCUCAGGAGCUCAAGGACCAGAACCUCCCUAGAACCGCCGUCGCCUACUUCGGCGCUACCUGCUCCUCCCUCGACCGCCUCUCCGCCGAGCCCCAGCCCCCGGGCCACGCCGUCGACGCCCUCCUCGCCAUCCUCGCCAUGAUUGUUCCUCGAAUCUCCAUUCCCAUUCUCAAGAAGAAAACCGAAUACGUGUCUGACCUGGUGGUUCGCGUCCUGCGCUCGAAAUCGAUCACUCCUACCGGGGCCGCCUCAGGGCUGAAGUGCCUUUCGGAUUUGCUGAUAAUUGGGGAGAAGUUCACCUGGUCUGAUGUAUCUUCGCUUUAUGGAUUUCUUUUAGCCUAUGUAACUGACGACCGUCCCAAGGUUAGAAAACAGUCACAUAUGUGCCUACAUGAUGUCCUUGUUAGUUUUCAAGGAACACCGGUGCUGGGACCUGCAAGUGAAGCCAUGGCAAACAUCUUUGAAAGGUUUCUGCUGCUUGCUGGUGGAUCAAAUGCAAGUGCUUCUGAAAAGCCUAAAGGAGCUCAAGAGGUCCUCUAUGUGCUGGAUGCUCUUAAAGAUUGUCUUCCUCUUUUGUCCUUGAAGUUCUCUACUACCAUCAUGAAGUACUUUAAAUCUUUGUUGGAAAUACGACAACCCCUUGUUACCAGGCGUAUAACAAACAGUUUGAGCGCACUUUGUCUACACCAAACAUUAGAGAUUUCUUCUGAACUGCUGCUAGAUCUGUUAUGCUCGUUGGGUCUUUCUAUCUCUGCAAAUAAGAUGUCUGUGGAUGACACAACAUUCGUUGCCAGGCUACUUGGUGUUGGAAUGAAAAAGAUAUAUCAUUUGGACAGACAAGUUUGCGUACUGAAACUCCCUCUUGUAUUCAAUGCACUUAGAGAUGUCUUGGCAUUUGAACACGAGGAGGUCUUAUUUGCAGCAAUGGAAUCCUUCAAGUCUCUAAUAGACUCAUGUAUUGACGAAAAUUUGAUCAAACAGGGAAUUGAUCAAAUUAUGGCAAGUAGAAAUGAGGAAACAAGGAAAUCUGGACCAACCAUCAUUGAAAAAAUUUGUUCAACUGUUGAAAAUUUACUUGAUUAUCACUAUGCUGCAGUUUGGGACGUGUCAUUUCAGGUUGCUUCGGCUAUGUUUAGCAAAUUAGGUAUGUAUUCUUCUUACUUAUUGAGGGGAACACUAAAGAACUUGGCAGAUAUGGAGAAAUUGCCAGAUGAAGACUUCCCAUUUAGAAAGCAGCUGCAUGAAUGCAUUGGAUCAGCCCUUGGUGCCAUGGGUCCUGAAACAUUCUUGGGCAUCCUUCCCCUUAAGUUGGAGGCUGCAGAUCUCUCUGAGGCUAAUGUUUGGCUUUUCCCAAUUUUGAAACAAUACAUUAUUGGUGCCCGUUUAAGCUUCUUUACAGAGUCAAUUUUGGGUAUGAUUGGAACUGUGAGGCAGAGAUCUCAAAUGCUUGAGCAAGAAGGAAAGAUCUAUUCAUCCAGGAGUGUAAAUGGACUUGUUUACUCGCUGUGGUCAUUGCUGCCUUCUUUUUGCAACUACCCUCUGGAUGCUGCUGAAAGUUUGAAGGAGUUGGAGAAAAUAUUGUGCCAUGCUCUUCGUGAGGAAUUGGACAUACACGGAAUAAUAUGCUCGAGUUUGCAGAUCCUUAUUCAGCAAAAUAAGAGAAUUGUAGAAAGAAAGGAUGACCAAAGUGGCUCUGAAUUAAACAUUCUCAAACAGCAAGCUGUGGCUCGUUAUACCCCAGCGGUUGCUGCUAAUAAUUUAAAUGUCCUAAAGUCUUCUGCUCGUGAGUUUUUAUCUGUCCUAUUGGGUAUCUUCAUGAAAUUGCCCAAGGAUGCAGGUGGAUGUUUACAGACAACAAUCAGUGAAUUCGCCUCCAUUGCUGAUAAAGAAGUUGUCACAAAGUUCUUUAAGACUACAAUGCGGAAGCUUCUAAAGGUCACACAGGAAGCUGGCAAAGCAGAAAACCCCCAGAAUUCCAACCCAAUGCAGAUUGACACCGCAUCAAAGGAAAGUUCACUGUCAGUAGCAAGGGCACAGUUGCUUGACUUGGCAGUGGCACUUUUGCCUGGGUUAGAUGCUGAAGAGACUGAUCUUUUGUUUGCUGCAAUAGAGCCUGCCUUAAAGGAUGCUGACGGUCUGAUCCAAAAGAAGGCAUAUAAAGUUCUCUCUGUUAUUCUCCGGAAUUCUGAUGGAUUUCUUUCGAGAAAGCUUGAGGAGUUGCUUAAUCUGAUGAUUGAUGCGUUGCCUUCAUGUCAUUUUUCGGCCAAACGGCAUCGGCUGGAUUGUUUGUACUUCCUAAUUGUUCAUGUAUCCAAGAAUGAAUCAGAGCGAAGGUGGCAGAACAUCGUUAGUUCUUUUUUAACUGAAAUUAUACUUGCACUUAAAGAGGCUAAUAGAAAAACAAGAAACAGAGCUUAUGACAUACUUGUCCAAAUUGGGCAUGUCUGUGGUGAUGAAGAGAAAGGUGGAAGAAAAGAAAACUUACAUCAGUUUUUUAAUAUGGUGGCUGGAGGCCUGGCUGGCGAGACUCCUCAUAUGGUUAGUGCGGCAGUGAAAGGAUUGGCCCGCUUGGCUUAUGAAUUUUCUGAUCUAGUUUCUGCUGCUUAUAAUGUCCUGCCAUCUACGUUUCUCCUCCUGCAGAGAAAGAACAAAGAAAUAGUCAAAGCCAAUCUAGGUCUUUUGAAGGUAUUGGUGGCAAAAUCACAAGCUGAAGGUUUACAAAUGCACUUGAGUAGCAUGGUAGAUGGUCUGCUGAAGUGGCAAGAUAGCACUAAGAAUCAUUUUAAAGCGAAGGUUAAGCUUCUCCUUGAAAUGCUAGUCAAGAAAUGUGGGUUGGAUGCUGUGAAGGCUGUAAUGCCUGAAGAACACAUGAAACUUCUCACUAAUAUAAGAAAGAUUAAGGAGCGGAAAGAAAAGAGAACUGCUUCCAACUCUGAGGAUAAUAAGAGUCAUCAGUCGAAAGCAACUACAUCAAGGCUAAGCAGGUGGAAUCAUACAAAAAUAUUUUCUGAUUUUGGCAAUGAAGAAACGGACAGUGAUGCAGAAUAUAUGGAUAUGGAGACUUCUUCUGGGAGGAGGAGCAAGGGUUCCGCAUUGUUGACAUCUCAACCAUCUUCUCUCAGGUCCAAGAGAACUCGUAAAGCAGCCAAGAGCUUGCCAGAAGACUUGUUUGACCAAUAUGAGGAUGAGCCACUUGACUUACUUGACCGGCAAAAGACCAGGUCAGCUCUCCGAUCAUCUGAGCAUCAUCUCAAACGGAGGGCGGAUUUGGAUGACAAGCCAGAGGUAGAUGCUGAAGGGAGGCUGAUAAUUUGCGAGGAAGGGAAGAAACCAAAGGAGACGUCACCAGACCACUCCGACUCUGAUGACGAAAGAAGUCAAGCAGGCAGUAGCAUGUCCAAGAACUCGCAUAGAGGUCAGAAGCGCAGGAAAACAUCAUUGGACAGCGGUGGGUGGGCUUACACGGGGUCUGAAUAUGGUAGCAAGAAGGCAAGUGGGGAUGUGAAAAGAAAGGGCAAGCUGGAGCCGUAUGCAUAUUGGCCACUCGAUCGAAAAAUGAUGAGCCGGAGACCGGAGCAGCGGGCUGCUGCAAGGAAAGGAAUGGCGGGUGUGGUGAAGAUGACUAAAAAGCUAGAAGGCAAAAGUGUCUCAAGUGCACUUUCCCUCAAGGGCUUCAAUAAGUCUAACAGGGAGGGUAAAAGGAAAGUCUCAACAAGAAGAAAAAGCAAGCAUUAAUCUGAGCGCGUUCUAUGAGGAGAGGGGUAUUUCUAUUCAUUUCGAAUUUGGGAGAAGGGGAGCGUAAACUUAAUUUAAUGUCAAUAUGCAUCACGCUUGUAACGCCACAGCGUUACAAAGCCAAUUUUGGUAGAGCAUUUGGAAUUGGCUGUUGGAAAUUCUCAGUUUAUGUGAGGUAUAUAAUUAAUUUGUCCGAUUCUUUUGUUGCA